AUGUGUUUGGUUUACAGCCGGGCCCCCGGCGUGCUGCUCCUCUUGGCCCACCUCCUCCUGCGCACCAGCUGCAGUCUAGAGCCCACGGCUGAAUGGGAGAGAGAACCUGCGUACUGGAACGAUCAGGCCAGGCGGAUGCUGCAGGCUGCCCUCACGCUGCCACUGCGAGCGCAUCGCGCCAAAAACAUCCUCCUCUUCCUCGGCGACGGGAUGGGAGUGUCUACGGUGUCAGCCGCCCGUAUACUGCGAGGUCAGAUGGAAGGACAGUCAGGGGAGGAGACUCUUUUGGCCAUGGAUACAUUUCCAUAUGUCGCCCUGUCAAAGACGUACAGUGUUGACAAGCAGGUGGCAGACAGUGCUAGCACAGCUACGGCGUACCACUGCGGUGUGAAGGCUAAUGCCAAGACAGUGGGGUUGAGCGCUAAAGCAGUGGCCUAUGAGUGCAACACCACAUUUGGCAAUGAGGUUUUCUCAGUGUUACACCGCGCCAAAGCACAAGAUGUUUCUAAUGCAACAGCUGAGGGGGUAAUUCUUGGCGGUGGCCGCAUGUACAUGACACCCAAGGGUACCCCUGAUCCAGAAUACCCCUCUUCAUCCUCUCGCAAAGGGGAUCGCAAAGACAAAAAGAACCUCAUUGACGUCUGGCUAAGUGCUCGUAAGGGAAGGAACGCCCAAUAUGUCUGGAACAAAGAGCAGCUUAAUGCAGUGAAUGUUAAAACGACAGACUGCCUGAUGGGACUGUUUGAACCCAAAGACAUGAGGUUUGAAGUGUUCAGGAAUCGCACCCGUGACCCCUCUAUUGUGGACAUGACAGAGAAAGCCAUUCAAAUCCUCAGCAAGAAUCCUAAAGGGUUUUUUCUCUUUGUGGAAGGAGGUAGAAUAGACCAUGGACACCAUGAUGGGGUUGCCAAGCUUGCUCUGACUGAAACCAUCAUGUUUGACCAGGCAAUCCAGAGAGCGUCUGAGCUGACCAGUGAAUCGGACACUCUCUCUGUUGUCACUGCAGAUCAUUCCCAUGUCUUCACUUUUGGUGGAAAUACACCACGAGGGAACCCUAUUUUUGGUCUGGCACCUAAGAAGGCUGAGGAUAGUCUUCCAUACACAAGUAUCUUGUAUGCUAAUGGACCAGGAUACAUUCAUGUGAACGGAACAAGAGGAAAUGUUUCAGCAGUGGAGCAUUUUAGUGAAGAGUACAUGCAACAAGCUGCUGUUCCUUUAGAAUCAGAGACACAUGGAGGGGAAGAUGUGGCUAUCUACGCAAAAGGCCCGAUGGCUCAUCUCUUUCACGGAGUCAAAGAACAGAAUUAUGUGGCCCAUGCGAUGGCUUAUGCAGCAUGUCUGGAGCCAUACACUAACUGCCCACUGCGUCUUCAAGGCUCAGGGGGCUGUAAAAUCACUCUUUCAGGGCCUCUUGUCUCAAUAACCGGCGUGUUUUGGCUUGUCAUGAGAUGACAGACUAUACUGCAUGAGUGAUUGAGGCUCCAGGACUCUUUGGGGCUUUUUGGAAAUCUAUAACCCAAAUAGUUUAUAUUGAAGUUUGGUGCUCUGCAGAAUUGCAAUGCUGUGUAUAUAAAUGUAAAGUGUUUUUUUCAUGGAUGUAUUUUAUAACCAGAUAUUUUUGUAUAUAAUGCGCAAUGGAAGACUCUUUUGCACUGUGCCUAUAAAUUUCAAACA